AUGUCCACAUCGGAGAACGAUUUCUCGCGGGAAACGUCCAUGUCGACGGAUGCAGAAGAUGACGACAUGGAUUUCGAGGUGGGUGAGAUGGAGUCACAAUGAGGGACCAGACAACCUCAGAGACACAUCGAUUAUUCUGCCGGCAACGGAUACUGAUUUGUCAAUUGCAGUUGGCCAGCGACGAAGUAACUCCUUCGGCCGAAGAAGAGGACGAAGAGGAAGGGGAAACAACGCUCUAUUUUGAUGCCGAGGAGGGCACGUUCCGAGAUGCGGACGGCGAUGAGGUCCAUUUCGAAAUGGGCGAGGACGAAGAAGAGGAAGUAGAAGCAGAGCAGCAAGAGCAAGAGCAAGAGCAAGGAGAAGGCAGUCAAACACCACAGCCCACACAAAGACCACAGACAAUAACAAGUACGUACAUAACCGACCCAAUGCAGACGUCAGGCAGGAGCAAUGUGGUCUGGUCGCAACUAUCUGGACAUCACGAGCCUUCUGAUCGUCUGGAAAUAUGCUAACUUUGGGUCUCUAGUAACACAACAGCAAAUUCUACAGCUACUAUCGUCUGCUGGCAUUCGUGGCAUCUUUCAACCGUCCGGCAUUGCAACUAGGUCGCAAGCAAGGCGAGCGCAUAUGCAACUGGAUGAGGACGAAGACGACGAUGAUGAAUCCUAUCUAGGCUACGGUAGUCAUCGAAGAUCAAGAAGAAAUCGUCGCCCACCUGCGGAAGAUCGAUACCCCAAAAUACCCUCUGAAGAUGGCAAGAAACUUAUGGAGCGUGGCAUGUUCGGGACAAACGACCGGUGUCAACAUACUGCUUGUGGAAUGCCCUUCGCAAACGAUGCUCUGCGAAAACGGAACAAGCUCGCCAGACGAAUGUUCGACCGCGAAUUGGGCGUUGAGAAUCGAGGGCGUGCCCGCGCGUUGAACGGGCUUGCGGCACAAGACCUGAUUCCAGACUCAAAGGCGGAUCUGAUCAUUAACCUUAACGCGCGCUGUUACUCCGGUCAGUUCUCCGAAGACGGCAGCUUCUUCUUCGCCUGUGGUCAGGAUUUCAAGGUACGAAUGUACGACACGAGCAACCCUUACGAUUGGAAGUACUACAAGACCGUGCACUACUACGGCGGCCAAUGGACCAUCACAGAUGCUACACUCUCCCCAGACAACAAGUUACUUGCGUACAGCAGCAUCCGAAGUUUGAUCUGCCUUGCGAACACAGAACAGGGCGAUCAUUCAGAACCGCGGCAUCUCGACUUCUCAGACAUGGGCUCCGGUGGACACGGUAAUCACGGUGGCGGUGGCUGGGGUCGCUCUAGAGGCCAUUUCGGUAUUUGGAGCUUACGCUUCAGUGGCGACGGUAGUGAGAUUGUAGCCGGAACCAGUGAUCAAAGUGUGUACGUUUACGAUCUGGAAGCGCAGCGAAGUAUACUCCGGAUCCCAGGACACACAGACGACGUCAAUGCUGUCUGUUUCGGUGACAAGAUGAGCCCGCACAUCCUCUACUCUGGAUCAGACGACACCACUCUCAAAGUCUGGGACCGGAGAUCACUCGCAAGCAUGCGACCGGCCGGUAUGUUCUUGGGUCACACAGAAGGCUUGACCUAUAUCGACAGCAAAGGAGAUGGCCGCUAUGUCAUCAGCAAUGGCAAGGAUCAGACUUGCAAGCUCUGGGACUUGCGUAGAAUGAUCGAUACAGGUACUGGGGAGCGCAUCAAUCCACAGGCAAGUACUGCUCGUCUCACAGUGCAGAAUCGCAGGAGGCUGACUUUGAUGACAGGACUACACUACAAAUUUCGACUACCGGUUUUCACCUUACGACACAGAUGACCACAGACCACAUCCACAUGACUGCUCGCUCGUUACCUUCCGUGGCCAUCGUGUCCUCAAGACGCUGAUCCGCUGCCAUUUCUCACCCCCUGGCUCCACUGACGGAAAGUAUAUUUACUCCGGCUCUCAUGAUGGUAAAAUCUACGUCUGGAACAUGGACGGCACGGAAGCCAGCAAACCAAUCAACGUCCUUGCCGCGACGAAGAACUCACGUCCAGCGUCUGAUGAGAGAUACGUCGAUCGAUACGACUAUUACGGCCGGGGUGGUCAAUGGAAGACAAUUGUAAGAGAUUGCUCUUGGCAUCCUUCUGCUCCCGUUAUCGCAGCUACUUCUUGGAAUGGCUGGGACCAUGGACUUGGAACUUGUACUGUUCAUGCUUGGAAUGAUGGCUCGGACGGCGAUGAAGUGGGCAAUCCAGAUGACGAGGAAUGUCAGAAUGGAGAGGCGUACGCAAAGGCUUCGAGUCUGGGUAGUUCGCCCAUGGGCGCCAGAGUCACGGCGCAUUUGGGCCAUGACUCGAGAUAUUACGGGCAACAUAACAGCAAUGCCACCUCUGCGAGGAGGACGAGACUGAGAGAUCGUAUGGGACUUGGUGCGCUUUUGGGAGACGACGACGAUGACGACUGA